UAAUAAUCGAUUGCGACUCCGGAACGAUUUUCCUCAAUGGCAAUAAUUGCUGUAGUCCGGCAAAUCGUUCAUUAUCAUUAUCGGCAUUUAGUAGCUCACCAUUACUCGGUAACACGAAGCUUAAGAAUGUCGUCAGCGCGAGUAAGGUCAGAGAAGGUGUUGGAAAACAUGAAGGAGAAUAAUCCAUUUUUUGAAAAGUAUGCCACUAAAAUUGCUUCUGUGCAGCAAAGGUCACCCGAAGAAUUUUUGGAUCGUCUGAACAGUGUGGAAAAAGAACAGAAAAAGCCAAAGUUUGGACCUUCGGAAGUGCAGCGUGAUUAUUCAGAGCUGCUGAGACCAAAGGAAGCGCUGGACAAGAGUGCACUGGGAAACGGCACGCAUCGUAAGCUUAGUGAUAUUAUGCGAUUGGAGUUGCUGGACGAUAAGUCGGGAGACGACAUCAAGCACCUGUGGUUGGAAUAUCACAGGAAUAAAGAUGUUAUCUCGGCUUCAAUUCCUGUGGAACAGCACCAAUUAAUGAUGACGCGUGCAAAAGAGCAUCCUGUUUUCAUUUUACCUAUACCUCGCAGUCAAGGCUACGAGUUUAUUAUGCUGCAGUUUUCCGGCAAUACGAUACACUUCACUCCUUUGAUAACCUAUCAGGUUCACAAAGAAGAUGCGCCAGAAUGCUUGAACAUUACUUUGUAUACCGAGUAUGUCGACAAAGGCGUAGUGUUGAUGCGAGGAGAAUACGACACGAAGGUGAUCAACGCGCAAGAAGCGCAGUGUUUGGUUAAUCAGAUGCAGCUCUACUAUAGUCAGCAAAAUCAAACGAAAUUACAGUUGUUGGAAAAGUUUACUAAACACCCGGACCAAUUCAAGCACAUGGAUGUCAUAGAGGAAUUGAAUAAUCUGAAAAUCUAAACCCCCAAUGCGGUAGCUGAAACAUGUGUCCUCGAACGUUUGGUAAUAAAUACUGCUCAAAACAGUAUCUCAUUGAAUUCCGAAAAGGUUUCAAUCGUUAGAUCUGGUGAUAAGCGU